GGGGCGCUGCGUGAAGCUCUCCCAUAGCGUUACGCGGAAGUUUCAUGACAAGAUUAAAAGUAUUGAGGGACCCCGAUGUCACCAGCCGUGCCGUGGCCGCGUCUUCAUCGCAAUACCGUGUAGCGGGACUAGGUCUCGAGUUCGGUAGAAAAACGCUACACGAAGAGCGGGAAGCUCACACUCUCAUUCUCCCCAACUUCGGAGUGUCAAAGGUAUUCAGGAAGUCCCACCAUACCAUCAGAAAUCGAAGUGUACGCCCUACCUAGCCCGAGAACUUUUGACCCAGACUGCCGACAUGUAUCUCUGCUUACGAUGACCUUCUUCGCCGUCUAUCUCUCGUCGGCCUCCUCUUGACGUGGCACUCGUCCCCUGUCGUUAAGAUAAUAGCCACGGCCGCCUCCCUUCGCCCGCGUCCAUUCCUGCCACGAAGCAGACGCUCGCGCAACCGGGAACGCGUGACGUCCCCCUGAUUCUCUGCCUCGCAGCUCAGCGGCUGGUGUGUAGCUCAGCAGCAACAGCGCCGACGACCAUGAGGAUCGCCAUCAUCGGCCAGAGCGCCUUCGCCAGCGAGGUGUUGAAGCUGCUGCAGAAGAAUGGCCACGAGAUCGUCGGCGUCUUCACCGUGCCCGACAAGGACGGCCGGGAGGACACGUUGGGUGAUCACGUGGCCCAAGCACCAGUCGAUCGUGUACCACCCGUCUCUGCUACCGCGCCACAGGGGCGCCUCAUCCGUGAACUGGACCUUGAUCGAGGGCGACGCCAAGGGUGGCCUGAGCGUGUUCUGGGCCGACGACGGCUUGGACACGGGUCCUCUGCUGCUGCAGCGAGAGUGCGACGUGCUGCCAGACGAUACGGUCGACUCGCUGUACGCGCGGUUCCUCUUUCCCGAAGGAGUUAAGGCCAUGGGCGAGGCCGUGGCGCUGAUCGCCUCCGGCGAGGCACCGCGCAUCGCGCAGCCCGCCGACGGCGCCACCUACGACCCGAUGCUCAACAAGCGGGAGCUGCGGCGCGUGGACUUCUCCACGCUGACGGGACGGGCGCUGCACAACUUCAUCCGGGGCAUGGACAAGGUGCCCGGCGCCUGGAUCACCCUCGAGGGACAGGCGACGCGCGUCUACGGCUCGAGCCUGUGGCCCUCCGGUCCCGUGGAAGGUGCUCGGCAGGUGUCCGUGGAAGGCAUGUCCCGGCCCGGACUGGUCCACGACGAAGGCCUGCUGCUGUGCGGCUGCGACGGGGCCUGGGUCAACGUGCGGCAGCUGGCCUCCGAGGAGACGGGACGCGUCAGCCUCGCCUCGCGCUUCGGUCAGCAGCAGGCCGACGGCGAGGCGCUGGAGCUCGCCGACGAGGAGAGGACGCUGGUCGACAAGCUGAGGGGCAUCUGGAAGAGCAUCCUGCGCCGUGACGUCGACGACGCAACGGAUCUGUUCGAGUGCGGCGCCGGCUCCAUGGACGUGACGCGGCUCGUGGAAGAGGCGCGCGACGCCUGCGGCCUCCAGUUGGCCGCCGAGGACGUCUACCUGGCGUCGCGGUUUGCAGACUUCGUGCGCGUCGCGGUGCUCAAGGCGCGCGGACGGGGCUCGGGCGGCGACGAGGUCUCCUACGACGCGGUCGAGCUGCACGCCGACGGGAGGACCAUCCGCGUGCCGCACCAGCUGUUCAUCGACGGAAAGUUCGUGAACAGCUCGUGGGGACGCAGCUCAGAGGUGGUGAACCCGACGGACGAGAGCGUGCUGUGCCGCGUGGAGAGCGCCUCGGCCGAGGACGUGGACCGGGCGGCGGAGGCGGCCAAGGCGGCCUUCGAGCAGGGCGAGUGGGGCCGCCUGAGCGCCCGGGACCGCGGACGCCUGCUGCUGCGGCUCGCCGACCUGAUGGAGCAGCACCGCGAGGAACUGGCGGUCAUCGAGUCGCUGGACUCGGGCGCCGUGUACACGCUGGCCCUGAAGACGCACGUGGGCAUGAGCGUCGACGUGUUCCGCUACUUCGCCGGCUGGUGCGACAAGGUGCAAGGCAGCACGGUGCCCGUGAGCCACGCCAGGCCGCGCAAGAACCUCACCUUCACCCGCUGGGAGCCCAUCGGCGUGUGCGGCCUCAUCACGCCGUGGAACUACCCGCUCAUGAUGGUGGCGUGGAAGAGCGCCGCCUGCCUGGCCGCGGGCAACACGCUGGUGCUCAAGCCCGCCCAGGUGUGCCCGCUCACGGCGCUCAAGCUGGCCGAGCUCACGGUGCGCGCCGGCCUCCCGCCGGGCGUGUUCAACGUGGUCACGGGCUCCGGAACCGUCGUGGGACAGGCCAUGUGCGCCCACCCCCUGCUGAGAAAGGUGGCGUUCACGGGCUCCACGGAGGUGGGCCGUACCAUCAUGUCGAGCUGUGCCGCACCGUGCCUGAAGCGCGUCUCGCUGGAACUGGGCGGGAAGUCGCCGCUCAUCAUAUUCGCCGACUGCGACCUGGACCUCGCCGUGCGCCAGGGCCUGAACAGCGUGUUCUUCAACAAGGGCGAGAACUGCAUCGCCGCGGGCCGCCUGUUCGUCGAGGAGUCGCUGCACGACCGCUUCGUCGAGCGCGUCGUCGCCGAGACCCGCAAGAUCGUCACGGGAGACCCGCUCGAGCGCAGCACCUGGCACGGUCCGCAGAACCACAAGCAGCACCUGGACAAGCUCCUGGACUACGUCCAGCGAGCCGUGGCCGACGGCGCCACGCUGGCCCACGGAGGCAGGAGGCUUCCGAGGCCGGGUCUCUUCCUCGAGCCGACUGUCAUCGUGGACGUGCAGGACCACAUGGCGGCCGCCAAGGAGGAGUCGUUCGGCCCGAUCAUGCUCGUCUCGCGCUUCCCGGACGGAGACGUCGAGGGUGUGCUGAGGCGCGCGAACGCCACGGAGUACGGGCUCGCGUCGGGAGUCUUCACGCGCGACCUCAGCAAGGCCUUGCGCGUGGCGGACGCGCUGCAGGCCGGGACGUGCUUCAUCAACUGCUACAACAAGACGGACGUGGCGGCGCCUUUCGGCGGCUUCAAGCAGUCCGGCUACGGCAAGGACUUGGGUCAUGAGGCGCUCAAGGACUACCUGCAGCUCAAGUGCGUCACCGUCGAGUACUAGAGCUCCGCCACGGACGCGGCGGUGUUGGAGAGUAAUCUCGAAGGGACGUGACGUGGGCCCACCAUCGGGUCGUGUAUACGUACGUCAGCAGCAAGCACUGACGCAUCACGAUAGGAAGGUAGAAAAAUAUAUUUGCCAGAGCACACUUGCAACCAACGAUGUUCGGGAGCAAAAGAAUGCCAUGGUCGACACAGAGACAGGUAGAAGAAAUGCAAGAGCCCGUUCUUACAUGGAGGAGAAAGAAAAAAAAGCCGUAUACACAGA